AUGUAUUCAUCAGGAGCUUACUCAAUCAAUUCUUCUGCAGGAUGGCCCUCUUCUUUUCUAGGUGGAUCUACUCCUGUUUUUGGCAAACGGUUUCUUUCUCUUUUCUGGAGCAUUUCAUUGGAUGAUGGUAUCAUUUGUUUCAUUUCCUUUUUGUUGGAUAAAUUAUAUCGAAGGCAAUCCCGAAAUCAAUACUUGAUGAGAUAUGAAAAAUUAGCCGAGAUUUUGAGAAGAGAUUUAUGUAAUUAUUUAAACCAUGAAAUUGGAGAAUUGAAAAUUUCUUUUAAUUCUACAAAUCAGGAAAUUAGAAUCAAAAAGAACAAUUUGGAACAUUUUGAAAAUUAUGAUCAUGAAAAUUACUAUUGGAAAGAUUUUUUAAAUUUGCGAGAAAGAAAGCAGUAUUUAAAUGAAAUUAUUGAAACAGCUAUUCAGUUAAGAAGAAUGGAAAAUGAUGAUCAUAUAGAUACUUUGAACAUGAUUAAAAGAAAGUCGUUCAGAAUUAUUCAUCUCAUUGUUUCUGGAUUCUACUAUACAUUUUUCAAUGCAUUCAACGUAGAAUCCAUUGGAAAUUUAUUUAUGAUGUUAAAAACGUCGAACAUCAGAAGGUUGCAACAAAUUCCAAAUAGUUCUACUCCACCUAUAUCAGACAUUCCUUGGAUUUCUCAAGUGAUCAAGGCGAUAUUGAGAUCUGUCUCUGUGUUUUACCUCUAUGAUUUACUUGAUUCGAUCAUUGGACAGUUAUUUACUAUUGCCAAAACCAAUUCCAGAACAGAGCGUGAACGAGAAAUCGCUAAAUAUCAUGGAGCUGAUAGUUCAAUUGGAAACAAUAUUUUUAUUACUCCACACAUACAAAGAAAUGAAGAAUUGCAACCAAUUUUCAAUCGAUCUGAGAAAAUUUAUGAGCUGCAGCUUAAACUUGCUAACAUUUUAACCACAUUGUCAUUAUGCUCUGCAGGCACAAAAGACCCAAAUUUAUCAAACUCUAUUCAAAAACUGGUUGAAGAAACAAAACUGAGUUUUAAAAAAGUAAUCGGAACUCUCGAAAAGGUGGAUGAAUGGGCGUGUAAAUAUAACAGUCACAACCUUAUCAAAGAAGAUUUGAAAAUUGUGACAGAAGAUUUGGUGGAUUCACCUGAAACCUUGUCAUACACUCUUCUCACACAAACACGAGAAUUGUUAUCUGUUUUUAAAGAAACCAUUAACAACAUGAACAAUGCUGUAAAAGAAGUUGUAGGAACACCUUCUGGAAAGCCUGCAGAACUUGAUAAGGAGGAUCAGCCUAAAAAGGUUAAGAAAGAAAAAUCUUCAAAAAAGAAGAACCUUAUUGUUGAAAAAACAAUCAAUGAAUAUCGAGAAGUGUUGAAACAAUUUGAUGUUCAAUGCAACAAGAUGUCAACUCUAGCAUCUUCUCCUCCAAGCAGUGACAUUCUUAGUACUCCAUUCUAUAGAAGAGAAUCUUCCUUAAAUGAUAGAUUACAGGUGUUUUUUAUGAAUUUACCAAUUCGGACAUUAUUGGUGUACAUUAUGGAUCUAAUUCUCAUGUAUUACAGUGGCACAACAACGGAUUUGAUACCACAUGAUAUGCAAAGGAAACCUUAG